GGGUAUUAGGGCAAAAGGCAAAAUCUAGGGAAGGUCGAACGUUUGUCAAUAUAUAUAGCGCAGUAACGAGGUAGAUCUUUUGGGUUGGCCGCUUUGUUCAGCUAAGUCAGAUUUCUAGGGUUUCUGGUCUGCUUCUCCAAACCCAUCGAAAAUGACCAAGAGAACCAAGAAGGCUGGAAUUGUCGGGAAGUAUGGUACACGAUAUGGUGCUAGUUUGCGCAAGCAGAUUAAAAAGAUGGAGGUCAGUCAACACAGCAAGUACUUUUGCGAGUUCUGCGGGAAGUAUGCUGUGAAAAGGAAGGCUGUUGGAAUCUGGGGUUGCAAAGACUGCGGCAAGGUUAAGGCUGGAGGUGCUUACACUUUAAAUACUGCAAGUGCCGUGACUGUCAGGAGCACCAUCCGCAGGCUGAGGGAGCAGACUGAGAGUUAAUUUUAAAUGAAUGUUUUGCUUAAGAUAUGUCAUUGGACUGUAAUUUAUGGUGCAUGAUGUUCUUGAAUAGAAUUCUUAUGCAUGGAUAUUUGUUUUAGAGAUUUUUCAUUUGAAUCUAGUUAAUCAAAUUUUGGUGAUGUUUGAGUUUGUUGCUA